CGAUUCGUUCACAUCAGCCACUGCAGCCGGAGCCAAACCCCCGCCGCCCGUGCAGACGAUGGAGACGCGGAUCUGAUCUCAUCGGGUGUACCGACAAACAUGCUGCUCGAUCAAACCCGCUUUCCCCGCAAAAUCACCGACUUGAUUGAUAUGUGAACUGAAUCAGGCCACUGUCAGAUCCAGCAGAAGUCGCGGUCAUGUACUCUGAGUGGCGCUCUUUACACCUGGUGGUCCAAAGCGAUCAGGGGCACCUGAGCGUCUUACACACUUACCCAGCCAGCGUGGGUCGAGACGUGGCAAACGCUGUGGUGCGGCCCCUGGGAAACAGCCUCGGAGGAGCGCCGUCUGAGUGCCUCCUCAAGACUGACAAGGAGGUGAAAUGGACCAUGGAGGUGCUGUGUUACGGCCUGACGCUCCCGCUGGAUGGAGACACGGUUAAGUUGUGUGUGGAUGUCUACACUGACUGGAUAAUGGCCCUGGUGUCUCCACGAGACUCUAUACCCCAGCCCAUCAUCAAAGAGCCCAACCUCUACGUCCAAACCAUCCUCAAACACUUGCACAACCUUUUCCUGCCCAGACCAGAGCACUUCAGCCUGGUGCACUUUAAAUUGUGUCAGCAAGUGCUGUCUGCCGUGCAGAAGUUGGCACGUGACUCGAACGGCAUGGCCAGAGAGACCUGGGAGGUGCUGCUGCUCUUCCUGCUGCGCAUCAAUGACACGCUACUGGCCCCGCCCACUGUGGGAGGUGGAAUAGCAGAGAAGCUGGCAGAGAAGUUGAUCAGCGUGCUGUUUGAGGUUUGGUUCCUGGCCUGCACUCGAUGCUUCCCCACGCCGCCCUACUGGAAGACGGCCCGAGAGAUGCUGGCCAACUGGAGACAUCACCCUCCGGUGGUGGAGCAGUGGAGUAAAGUCAUCGCUGCUCUCACUUCCAGGUACUGCAGGCCUGCAUCAUCGCUGCAGCUUUAUUUCUGUUCUUUUAUUUAUAGUUUAUUUAACCGGGACAAUACAGAAUAUCAUUUCUGCACAAUAUUGAGCAGUAACCCCGUGGACCUGAGCAAUCCCGUCAUACACCCCUGCCUCAAACAGCUGCCUCAGAUCUUCUUCAGAGCAAUGAGGGGCGUCAGCUGCCUCGUGGACGCUUUCCUCGGUAUUUCCCGCCCCAGGUCAGACAGUGCUCCGCCCACACCUGUCAAUCGGCUCAGUAUGCCGACGCCCCCAACGACAACCAACACUACACCCCCUCACAACCGCAGGCACCGCCCCACCGCUGUUGUCAAGACAACCAGCAAAACCUCAACGACUGGUCAGACCAAAGUGUCGCACCAGACAUCAUCCACAUCCCCGCUCUCCAGCCCAAACCAGACGAGCUCCGAGCCGCGGCCACUUCCGGCCCCAACCCGGCCGAAGGUCAACAGCGUGCUCAAUCUGUUUGGCCAGUGGCUGUUUGACGCUGCGCUGGUCCACUGUAAACUCCACUCCGGCCUGAGCAGAGACAGCAGCAUGACCGCCAUAGCAACUCAAGCUGGAGUUGAACUGAGACGUAAAGGCUCUCAGAUGUCCACGGACACCAUGGUGUCCAACCCAAUGUUCGACGCCAAUGACUUUCCUGAUAAUUACGAGUCGGGGCGAGCCGAAGCGUGUGGGACGCUGUGCAGGAUCUUCUGCAGUAAGAAGACUGGAGAGGACAUUCUUCCAGUGUACCUGUCCAGGUUCUACAUGGUCCUCAUCCAGGGUCUUCAGAUAUCGGACUUCAUCUGCAGGCCGGUUUUAGCCAGCAUCAUCCUCAACUCUUCGGCUCUGUUCUGCUCCGAUCUCAAAGGGAUCAAUGUUGUGGUUCCUUACUUCAUAUCUGCGCUGGAGACCAUCCUACCGGAUCGAGAGUUGUCUAAGUUUAAGUCGUACGUGAACCCCACUGAGCUGAGAAGAGCUUCCAUCCAUAUCCUGCUGUCCAUGCUUCCUCUUCCUCACCACUUUGGCAACGUCAAAUCAGAGGUUCUGUUGGAGGGGAAAUUCAGCAAUGAUGACAACUCUCUUCAUGACAAGGCGGUCACCUUCCUCUCCCUGAAGCUGCGAUUGGUCAAUAUUUUGAUUGGCGCCCUGCAAACAGAGACAGACUCGAUCAAUACACAGAUGAUACUAGCGGCGAUGCUGAAUAUCGUCCAGGAUUCGGCUCUGUUGGAGUCUGUUGGUGCUCAAGCUGAAGUGGGCAGCGUGGACGGAAGCCAUUCUCUGGCUAAGAGCCACAGUCGUAAUAACAGCGGCAUCAGCAACGCUAGCGCAGGCAGCUCCGAGGCUACGACUCCAGACAGCGAACGCCCCGCGCAGGCCCUGAUGAGGGACUACGACACAGCGGCUGGGCUGCUGAUCCGCAGCAUCCACCUGCUCACCCAGAGACUCAACUCUCAGUGGAGACUCGACAUGAGCAUCUCACUGGCUGCCCUCGAGCUGCUGGCUGGCCUCGCCAAGGUGAAGGUGAGCGUGGAGUCGUCGGAUCGUAAGCGUGCCGUCAGCUCCGUGUGCAGUUAUAUCGUGUAUCAGUGCAGUCGUCCGGCUCCGCUUCACUCCAGAGAUCUGCACUCCAUGAUCGUCGCUGCUUUCCACUGCCUGUGCGUCUGGCUCACAGAGCACCCCGACAUGCUCAAUGAGAAGGAUUGUCUGAUCGAGGUGUUGGAAAUUGUCGAGCUCGGCAUCUCGGGCAGUAAGUCCAAAACCGGCGAACAGGAAGUGAAGUACAAAGGUGACAAAGAGCACAACCCGGCGUCGAUGAGGGUCAAAGAAGCUGCUGAGGCCACGUUAUCCUGUAUAAUGCAGGUGUUGGGUGCGUUCCCGUCUCCCAGCGGCCCCGCGUCGCCCUGCAGUCUGCUGAAUGAAGACACGCUGAUCAAAUACUCCCGACUCACUUCCACAUCCCACAGCAACUUCAGAUACUUCGUUCUGGAUAACUCCGUCAUUCUGGCCAUGCUGGAGCAGCCGCUGGGAAACGAGCAGAACCCCUGUCCGUCAGUCACCAUGUUAAUCAGAGGCAUGUCCGGUCGACACGCGUGGACAAUGCAGCUCUUCCAUCAGCCUCGAGGAGCAAGAGCCAAUCAGAAGCAAGUGUUUGUUCCUGAAAACCGACCGGCUCCCAAGAACGAUGUAGGGAUUCGGUUUAACGUCAAGCACAGGCCGUUCCCGGAGGAAGUGGAUAAGAUUCCGUUCGUGAAAGCCGACCUGAGCAUCCCGGAUCUCCAUGACAUUGUGGAUAAGGAGUUGGAGCAGCAGCACGAUAAGCUGCGAGCCGUGAUGGGAAAGCAGAUCGAUUACGAGACGAAACUGGAGCACUGUACGGAGGAGUUAUGGAGGAACAAACCCUUCCCAGACCCGCUGACAGACUGUAAACCGCCGGCUCCCGCUCAAGAGUUUCAGACGGCCCGCCUCUUCCUGUCGCACUUCGGCUUCCUGUCACUAGAGGCGCUCAAGGAGCCUGGAAACAGUCGACUGCCUCCUCAUCUCAUCGCUCUGGACUCGUCUGUGCCGGGCUUUUUCGACGACGUCGGCUACCUGGACCUGUUGCCGUCCCGGCCGUGUGACACCGUGUUUAUCUUCUACAUGAAAGCUGGACAGAAGAGCAGCCAAGAGAUCUUGAGGAACGUGGAGUCGUCUGCAAACGUACAGCCACACUUUCUAGAGCUGCUGCUGUCUCUGGGAUGGCCGGUGGAGGUCAGAGGUCAUCCGGGAUGGACAGGGAGUGUGUUCACCAGCUGGACCAUCAACACAUCCAGUGGCGCUGAGACACCAGAUGAUUCAGAGACUCUGGGCGACACUGGCGGCGGUGUGUUUAACGGAGAGAAGCGGGUGCUCUAUUACGCAGACGCUCUGACAGAAAUCGCCUUUGUCGUGCCGUCCCUCGGCGACUCGUCCGCCGAGUCAUCAGAGCACAGCUUCCCGACGGCAGACUCGGACUCUCAGUUGGAGCUGUUACCCAGUUUACUGAAGCAGCCCAACCUGACGCUGGAGCUCUUCCCCAACCACUCCGACAACAUGGGACCCGCACAACGAUCCCCGACAGUGAAAAGCAGGAAGUUGCCGUCUGGCAGGACGAUACCACCGUUAGGACCGGACACCAAAGUGUUGGUCGUGUGGGUUGAGCGAUACGAUGACAUAGAGAACUUUCCCGUGUCGGAGUUACUGGCGGAGACGAGCACCGGCGUGGAGACGGCCGUCAACAGCAGCACUUCCAGGUCCAGCUCCUCAGAGAAGGACUUUCCCAUAAUAUUCAUCCAUCCGCUGAAGACCGGCCUGUUUCGGAUCAAACUGCACGGCGCAAUGGGCAAAUUCAACAUGGUCAUUCCUCUGGUGGACAACAUGGUGGUCAGCAGGAGAUCACUGGGAUUCCUGGUGCGUCAGACUGUAAUAAACGCGUGUCGGAGGAAGCGUCUCGAGAGCGACUCUUACAGCCCGCCACACGUGCGGCGGAAACAGAAAAUCGCAGAAAUCGUGAACCGUUAUCGUAACAAACAGCUAGAGCCCGAGUUUUACACCUCGCUCUUCCAGGAGGUCGGUGAGACGAGCCUCAACCCGUAAACGAACACGCAGACUAACGCAAACCAAGGUGGAUUUCAACCGCACCGUGGAGUUGGUUUUGGAUGAAUUACUUUUUUUUUUAAAUGUCGAUUUGGCCAAAUACUCGCUCAACUCAACCUGAACACUAUCAGUGCCCACCUGACAGGAUGAUUAUCAUCCAGAUCUAAAAACUGAGCAUUUAUGUCUCCUUUGAAUCUC